ACCGGCCAUGGAGGAGACCUCUCUGGCUCCAACCACAAGUUUCAGGUAGAUCCUGGAUUCUCCAGGAUAUCCACCAAUAAAGCUCGUUCCAGUAUGGCUGGCAAGAAGACCAGGAGCACUAGAUCAUUAUGGGAUGCAGCUGCUACGACUGUAGAAGCGUGCACAAACUGCUUCGCUCCUCGGCGUUCCAGAAUCGGGGAGGUCCAUGAAACCCCCUCAAACGAUGCUCGUGAUGUGUCUAGUAGUUCCAUCUCAAGAAUUUCAUCGGCAAGCAGCACACAUACUAAUACAUCCAGACAGAUAGGUGACAAUGCUCGAAAUAAGUUCUGGAAAGACCGGUUCUCAUUUCAGGAAAUUUGCCUGGCCACUUCAAACUUCAGCGAACAAAACAGAAUUGGGCGAGGAAAUUUUGGCACUGUGUAUAAGGGAAAGCUCAGGGAUGGAUCCUUUAUAGCUGUAAAGCGAGCUAAUAAGAAUAUGUAUGACAGGCACCUAUCUGCAGAGUUCAGAACUGAAAUCCAGAUGCUGUCGAAGGUCGAACACUUAAAUUUGGUGAAGUUUCUGGGGCACCUGGAGCAUGAGGGUGAACGCCUAAUUCUGGUUGAGUAUGUCAACAAUGGAACGCUCCGUGAACACUUGGAUGGAACACGAGGAGAACCAUUGGAAUUUUCACAACGCCUCAACAUUGCUAUCGACAUAGCUCAUGCAGUCGCUUACUUACAUGGAUACACAGAUUUUUGUCAGACAUGUUGUACACCAAAUCAUCAUCCUAAUGUCCGACGAGUACUAUUUCUCUACAAUGGACAUACAGACCACCCAAUCAUCCACCGCGACAUCAAGUCAACCAACAUCCUCCUCACGGAUCAGCUGAGGGCAAAGGUGGCCGACUUCGGUUUUGCGCGCCUAGCCCCCGACGAAACUGAAGCAACCCACGUCUCAACAAUGGUGAAGGGAACGGCAGGGUACGUGGACCCUGGGUACCUGCGCACGAACCACCUCACAGACCGCAGCGACGUGUACUCCUUCGGCGUCCUCCUCGUCGAGCUCAUCACCGGCCGACGCCCGAUAGAGCGCAACAGCGGCCGCCAUCAACGCCUCACCACCGAAUGGGCACUGCGGAAGUGCAGGGAUGGCGACGUGGUGGUGGCGAUGGACACCCGGAUGCGCAGGACCAGCGCGGCGGUCGCGGCCGUGGAGCGCGUGAUGGCGCUGGCGGCCGAGUGCGCGGCUCCGGAUCGCGCGGCGCGGCCGGCCAUGCGGCGAUGCGCCGAGGUGCUCUGGUCCGUCAGGCGCGGCUUCCAGCACGAGCAGCAGCGUGCCGCGAGCGCAGGCGCAGGCGCGGGCGCGGGAACGAGGCCGCGCGAUGAUUCCACCCUCACGCACGCCUCAUCAGUUACGAGUCUCGAGGAGUAGAAUUUGGGAACUUUGGAAUUUGGGAUGCUUGUCCACGCGGGGAUCAUAGUACAGUACUAAGUUUUGGGAUAGCACUGCCUUUAGAUACGUUUUGAUUUAAAUUUUACCGUGAUGCAGAUCACGCAAGUAUAUAUACUCCGUAGAUUGGAUUUUGCAAUAUAUCCCUGAAAAGUAAAUCUGUACUA